GCGUGGGUCAACUCGCUGCGGGCGGCCCAAGCUCUGUUUUUUCCGCUGCUGGCGUCGGCGCCAAAGCGGGAAGGUCCGAUGCUCAAGCUGAGCGGGACUCGGGCGGCCGGGCUGUUUUUCGAGCCAAGAUGGGCGACGCUAGCCACGGGCCGGCUAUUCUACUUUGCCAACGUGGAUGACGUAACGCCGCGCGGCUCGGUGGGACUGGACGGCGCCGAAGUCUUCUAUCUCGGGGCGUACGCGCCCGAGCUGGGCGAUCCGCUCGAGUACGCGGCUGCGCUCGAGGCUCGCGGCAAGGCACUGUGGUCGUCGCCGUCGUUGGCCAUCGCCGAGGCGCACAUUGUUGAGCACUGCUUUUUGGUAGUGUCGGCUGACGGCAAUGUGGUCCUUGCUGCCGCCUCGGAGGACGAGGCCUUUGACUGGAUGCGCGACCUGACCCACUCGCGCGACAUCCUCGAGGAGGCCCUGCGGCCGACGGCGUCUCACAAGGCGCUCUACGCCAAGGCCGCCGCGCAUCUAGCGGCCAAGUACGACACUAUGAACCGGCCAUCGGCCAAGCCUGUGGUGGUGCCUGCACCACGCCCGCGCGACGCCUUUCUUCUUGCCGAGGCCGCGGUCGAUGUCUCGUCGUCAGCCUCGCUCGCUCGCCAGUUUUCCACCCGAGCUGACGGCAAGGGGCGCCGAGUGGGAAGCAGGGUGACGUCGGGCCAAACCUCGCCAGACUCGCGCCCCGCACGCACGCCCUCUGGCCUCUCAGCCCCGCCGGACGCAGCCGAGACACCGCUCUCGCUUGGAGAUGCCUUUGACUUGCCGCUCUCGUCGCUGCUGACGGGCGUGCAGCUGGUUGUGGAGACUCGGCGCCGGCGCGGGAUGAGCCACGGCCACCCUUCGACUGGACUCGUUCUGCUCGACGCUAACGGCGUGCUCGUCAGCGCCCUCCACCGCGACGAGUCGGCACAGGAGCUGAACUAUGUCUCCAAGACCAUCAAGCAAACCUCGUCGCGACGGGUCGAGACCUUCCGGUUGGAUCUGCUCACUGUGCCACCGCAGGUGGAAACCAUCUGCUUUGCCCUCACCCGGGCUGUCGAUGAUACUUCCGACGAGCUCUUUGGCGGUCUUGUCGGGCUCAACUUGCAGCUCACCGAUGGCCUCCCGACAGGCAUGAGUGCCGCUACCGAAUGGGCAACCGGAGCCUGGGAGCUGUGGCUCACCUCUCAGGGCCGCGGCGCACAGACUAUUUUCCUCCCGGCUCUCGUCCGGACUGCGCCGGCAUCAGUCGACACUGGCGCUGGCGCCGGUACGGUGCCAGAAACGGCAAUGGCGUCGUCGUCGCAGCGGGCAACGUCGGUUAAGAGUUCUGGCUGGCAAUGCGCGUUGCGGUUGGACUUUUCCAAGGCCACGCACCUUGCACAUCUGGUGUACGAUCUCCGGACGGUCGGGUGGGAGCCGUCGUCGCUCGCGCCACGCAACGUCUCGACGGUGGAGUUCAAGUGAAGGCCAGAGAGCUGUCUCUUUGUCGUUUGCUCGCAUUCAAUGGAGCGGCUCAGUUAGUGUGAAGUUGCCGAGCGAGCAGUCGCUGCUGGCCGAGGGGCCCGCGGCCGCGCCAAAGACCUCGCCAGAGAGGUCGUAGCCUGUGUCGCGGAUCUGCGAGAUGUGCUCAAAGGCACGGCCCGAGGCCCAAAGCUUGGCGACUGACGAGAUGGAGUGGCCUUCGGGCUCGAGCUUGAUGGCGGCAGCCAUGGCCUGGUUUUGGGAG